AUGCAGAGGGACUGUGAAGAACACAUGAAGUAUUUGUAUGCAGUUGCUGUGGAGGCAAUCGGCCUUGAGAACGUGCACCGGAGAAAGAUAAAGAAGAUGAGGACAAUGUCGAACAAGUAUCAGAUCCGGCUUGCAAAGCAAAUAAAAAGAACAAUGUGCAUGAAAUGCAACACUGUUAUGAUUCCAGGAGUCAACAGUAUCUCCAGAAUAAUCAGGCGGGAGAAUGGGUUGUGCCUUGCAACAAAAUGCAAAUGUGGAGUGGAAAAGGCUAUUGUAAUGAGAGGAAGAUAG